AUGCCACGUUUAUUAGCUACUCAAUCUCAUGUCGUCCAUGGUUACGUUGGCAACAAAGCAGCUACUUUCCCAUUACAAUGUCUAGGUUGGGAUGUAGAUUGUUGUAACAGCGUUCAAUUCUCAAAUCAUACUGGUUACGGUAUGGAUAAAGUAUUCGGUAACAUUACAGAACAUAAUCAUUUAGAUCAACUAUUAUCUGGUAUAUUUAAAAACUUCCCCAAUGAAUAUAACGCAUUACUAAGUGGAUAUUUACCAAAUAAAGAUUCCGUUAAAUGUAUGGGGAUCAAUUAUAAGAAGUUUAAAAAACAGAAUCCAAAUUCAAUUUGGUUAAUGGAUCCGGUUAUGGGUGAUGAAGAUGAAUUAUACGUUAAUGAAGAUGUGAUACCAGAAUAUAGAAACUUAAUAUUAUCUGACUCGAGUGAUGUUGAUAUAAUAACGCCAAACCAAUUUGAAUUAGAAAUUCUUUAUGGGAAAAAGAUUAUUGAUCAAAACGAAUUGAAACUUGCAUUGAAUCAUUUGCAUAAAAGAAUUCCAGUCAUAAUAGUGACUUCAUGUGAUCCUAGGAUAUUCCAUGAUGAAGAUUAUGUUUAUUGUGUAGCAUCGAUGAGGGGACAUGCUCAUCCAUUAGUAUACCGUGUACCGUUAAUUGAUUCUUAUUUCACUGGUGUUGGCGAUUUAUUUGCAGCAAUUUUGUUAGAUAGAAUUUAUUCAUUAUUAAAUAAGGAAGAUGAAGAAAUAUCAGCCGUAAGUGAUGAAUUAGUCUUUGAAAAACAGAUAAAUGAUGUCUUGAACGUUCUUCAAAGAGUCUUACACUUAACGAAAAAACUGGCACCUAAAAAUGUUAAAUCAAAAAUUGGAUCAGCUCUCGAUAUGAAAGAAAUGGAAUUAAGAAUAAUAGAAGCAAGAGAUUUGUAUGGUACCGACAUUAAUCCUAAUGAAGAUUUCUUAUAUUCAAGACUGUAA